AUGGUCAAGGUUCUGGCUGUUUUGUACGACGGUGGUGAGCAUGCUAAGCAGGUCCCCGGCCUUCUCGGUACUACCGAGAACGAGCUCGGUCUGCGCAAGUGGCUCGAGGACCAGGGCCACACCCUGGUGACCACCUCCGACAAGGACCGCGAGGGCUCGACCUUUGACCGCGAGCUGGAGGAUGCCGAGAUUAUCAUCACGACUCCCUUCCACCCCGGUUACCUGACCGCCGAGCGUCUUGCCCGCGCGAAGAAGCUCAAACUAGCCGUCACAGCCGGCAUCGGCUCGGACCACGUCGACCUCGACGCCGCAAACAAGACUAACGGCGGUAUUACCGUCGCCGAAGUCACCGGCUCAAACGUCGUCUCCGUCGCCGAGCACGUCGUCAUGACCAUCCUGGUCCUGGUUCGCAACUUCGUGCCCGCCCACGAGCAGAUCGAAGCCGGCCGCUGGGACGUUGCGGAAGUUGCCAAGGACGAGUACGAUCUCGAAGGCAAAGUCGUCGGCACCGUUGGCGUGGGCCGCAUCGGUGAGCGCGUGCUGCGCCGCUUGAAGGGCUUCGACUGCAAGGAGCUGCUCUACUACGACUACCAGCCUCUGUCUCCAGAGAAGGAGAAAGAAAUUGGCUGCCGCCGCGUCGAGAACCUGGAGGAGAUGCUCGCGCAGUGCGAUGUUGUUACCAUCAACUGCCCUCUGCAUGAAAGCACGCGGGGUCUAUUCAAUAAGGACCUCAUCUCCAAGAUGAAGCGCGGCAGCUGGCUCGUCAACACAGCGCGCGGCGCGAUUGUUGUAAAGGAGGAUGUCGCCGAGGCGCUGCGGACUGGUCAUCUCCGUGGGUAUGGCGGUGAUGUCUGGUUCCCGCAGCCCGCGCCCGCAGACCAUGUGCUGCGCACGGCGAAGAACCCCUUCGGUGGCGGCAAUGCUAUGGUACCGCACAUGUCGGGCACCAGUUUGGAUGCGCAGAAGAGGUAUGCCGAGGGCGUGAAGAGGAUUUUGGAUAGCUAUCUGAGCGGGCGGUUCGAUUAUCGCCCGGAGGAUCUGAUUGUGCACCAGGGGAAGUAUGCUACUAGGGCGUAUGGGCAGAGGGAGGAUGUUAAGAUUCCGGGGCAGUAA